AUGGGGAAAGCUUCUAAGCGAUUAGGGCUUUUGGGUUUAAUGCUUGUGGUGCUCAUUAUUGGAGUUGCGGAAUGUAGGAGACUUGAGAAGGAGACUUUGGGAGGUGGAGGUUUUGGAGGAGGUGCUGGUGCUGGAGGAGGAUUUGGUGGUGGAAAAGGAGGUGGUGGUGGUGUUGGGGGAGGUCAUGGCGGAGGUGCCGGUGGAGGAUUCGGCGGUGGUGCUGGAGGUGGCCACGGUGGAGGUGCUGGAGGAGGAUUAGGAGGAGGUCACGGUGGCGGUGCUGGAGGAGGAUUUGGCGGUGGUGCUGGAGGAGGAUUAGGAGGCGGUGCUGGAGGAGGUCAAGGUGGCGGUGCAGGAGGAGGAUUUGGUGGUGGUGCUGGAGGAGGCCAUGGUGGCGGAGUUGGAGGAGGAUUCGGUGGUGGUGCUGGAGGAGGCCAUGGUGGAGGUGCUGGAGGCGGAUUUGGCGGUGGAGGAGGACAAGGUGGCGGUGUUGGAGGAGGAUUUGGAGGUGGUGCAGGCGGAGGUCAUGGUGGCGGUGUUGGUGGAGGAUUUGGUGGUGGAGGUGGAGGAGGACACGGUGGUGGAGCUGGAGGGGGAUUUGGUGGAGGUGCAGGAGGUGGAGGAGGCCAUGGUGGUGGAGCUGGUGGAGGAUUUGGUGGUGGUGCAGGAGGUGGAGGAGGCCAUGGUGGAGGAGCUGGAGGAGGACACGGUGGUGGAGCUGGAGGGGGAUUUGGUGGUGGUGCAGGAGGUGGAGGCGGCCAUGGUGGUGGAGUUGGUGGAGGAUUUGGUGGCGGUGCAGGAGGAGGAGGAGGCCAUGGCGGAGGUUUUGGUGGUGGUGCGGGAGGAGGCCACGGUCGUGGGUUUUAA